AUGCGAUGGAGCGUGAGAUCCCAGCAGAUUCAUCAUGCUCAUGUGAUGGCAAUGCUUCCUACUCGUGUUCCGCUGCCACUGGACGUUAAAGAAGAUGAACCGAUAUAUGUUAGUGCAAAGCAGUAUCAUGCUAUUCUCAGGCGGAGACAAUAUCGUGCAAAGCUCGAGGCUCAGAACAAACUCAAAAAAGUUCGAAAGCCGUAUCUGCACGAGUCUUGUCAUCUAAAUGCGUUAAAAGGAGCUAGAGGGAGCGUUGGUCAAUUUCUCAACACAAAGAAAUUCCAACAAUCCAGGUCACCUCAACUACAUUUGUCUGCAAAAAUCUCCAAAACAGAAGUUUAUCAGCGGGCAAAUUUCAAGGUUGCUGCUUCGGCUACCCCUUGCUCUGAUGUCACAAGUGGCUCCAACAGUGAUGAAAUGUUUCAGCAGGCAGAUUUGAGGUUCUCUAGCUAUCCUCCUGAUCAGGUCAUGCCGGCAAUAUCCAGGGUGAUGGGAACAUUCAUCUUUCUGGUCUCGGCUGAUAGACAAGAUCGAUUCUUGUUUGAGCAGUCCGGAGCCGAUGAAAAAUACGGCUGCUUUGCUCCCAUGGGAUGUCAUCCUUGGCUCUGUUUAGUUUUACUUGUCCUGUCAGCACAGACUCUUAAUAAACCGUGA